GCUAAUGCAUAGCACCAAAGCCCACUUGCUGUUUCCUCAAAGACAUUAUCAAGGACACAGAAACCUGUAAUAAUAGCUACAGGAAACCUGUCUUAACAUAUCACUUCAUGGAUGCCAAGGAAGAAGGAGAAGCCACUACUCCUCCUCCUUCUUCUGCUGCUGCUUCUCAGUCUUCUCCUCUCUCUAGGCAAAUCACCAUUUAUUCCUAUCCCAAGGCUAGGAAAAGGAAGUCACGAGGGUCCAAGACAAACCUGACCCAGAUCCAUAAGGAGUCUCCAGAACCUAACAGCGGCACUGAACUUGGCUUAUGUGAUAAAUUCAGCAAGCCUACAAGCUGCAAACAAAAGAGAGGCGUGGUCAAUGAUUUCUAUGAUAGCUCUGAAUCUAAGUCUUCUGCUAUGGAGCGGGCAGAGGAGAUUCAAGAAAGUUUAGAAGCUUCAUUCCCUAGCUUUGCAAAGGCUUUGGUUCGGUCAAAUGUUACUGUUGGAUUUUGGAUGCAUCUUCCUAUGCGAUUCUGCAAACUGCAUUUGCCAAAGCAUGACACAACAGUUUUCUUGGAAACUGAAAAUGGAGAAGAAUACAUAAUAAAUUAUAUUUCAGAAAGGACAGCACUGAGUGGUGGAUGGAAAGCAUUCUGCUCUGCACACAAGUUACAUGAGGGUGAUGUCCUUGUUUUCCAUUUAGUCAAACCUUUAAGGUUUAAGGUGUACAUAGUGCGAGGAACUGUUUCAGCCAAAACUAAUGGGAAGUUAGAUAUUCAAAAAGUGGAUGCUCCUGAAAAACAAAUCACCUCUGAAGAUCGAGAUGAGAAGGACAUACAAGGGCAUAAAAAGGGCAAGCAUAUGGAGCUUCCUUCAACAGACCUGCAGGACAAUAACCAGGAGAAUAGCCUGAUGGUUUUGAAUGAAGAGCCUGGAGCAACUAAAUCUGAGAAUGACACUGAAGAUCAUUGCUUGAAAACUUUGGAAGUUGUCACAUCUUCAGGAACUGCUGCUGAUUUUAAAGACGUAGAAAGCAUUGAAAGUUUCAGCAUUCUCAUCAAUGGCUUGGCUAUAGAAUGCGAGCUUUCUGAUCACCAAAGGACUAAAUACUACGAGUUAUGCUGCUCACAAAGAUCAUUUCUGCAUGACAAUCUUCUCAAGAGUAUUAAUUAUAAAUUGGCUGCUGAAAUAAUAAUUGAAACUGUUAAUGUUUCAGAGGCCAUCAGAGCUUCCAACCUUACCAGCUCUCAUGCAGAUUUUGCAGUUUGGGACAAGACUUUGAAAGGCUUUGAGUUGCUGGGCAUGAAUGUUGGGUUUUUACGAUCUCGGUUGAGCAGGCUAAUGAGCCUUGCUGCAGAAUCAGAAGCGGCUGUUGAAUCAGAGUGUAGAGAAUUUAGAGUAGAACAAGCUCGUUUAGAUGCUGAGAUGAGAAGUCUUGAAUCGAAGCUUAUGGAAUUGAAAGAGCAAAGAGAAAGGCUAGAUGCUGAGAUAGAGGCUCUGAAGGUGAAUGCUGAAAUGCAUGAGCUGAUGUUUCAGGAAGCAGUGAAUGCUCCAUGGUAGGAAAAUGGUUUUUGAGGAACUGAAGCUUAUGUUUCAAGAAGAAACAAUGAAGGGGAAGAUUUACUAAUGAAAUAGGUGUACGAGCAUUGUUCUACUUUGAUUCAUUGUUGUUAAAUUACUUGUAGUCAUGUAUUAUGUAUAUCAACUGACAGAGGAGAUAUUGUAGGCUGUAUGAGUUAUGAGGUAAUUUUUUUU